CGCGCUGGUGGGCCACGCCGCCGUGUUCCUGGCGGCCGUGUUCACCAUGGUGGUGGUGGCGGGCCGCGGCGCGCUCCGCCCCUUCUGCGGCGAGGACGCCCGCCUGCUGGCGCUCUGGGCCGACCUGGGCGCCCCCCGCUACGGCUACCAGCUCGCGCUUCUGGUGCUGCGCGCCCUGCCCGCCGGCGCCGUCCUGGCCGUGGGCGCCAGCAUGGCGCUGCACCACUGGCACCGGGUGUUCGCCGAGGCCAUGCGCUUCCGCGCUCGCGCGUUCACAAGGGCCUGGUGGAAUGCCGCCUGUUACGCGGAAUAUUUUCGUGAUUGGAAUCAAAUUGUCAAGGCGUGGCUCAACAAGUACGUCUUCAAAGAGAUGCUGACUCUCGGCUUUAGUUCAAUGACGUCUAAACUCGCAACUGUGGCGGUCUCAGCUGUCUGGCAUGAAUACAUCGUUGCCGCCAGUUUGGGGUACUUCCUUCCAUAUUUCUUCAGCUUUUACGUCAUUAGUGCCGUGAUCGUCCUUAUUGAGCCUCCUGGGUUACAAAAGAAACCAUUUGGCAAUCUUUUUGUGAUACUGACACUGUCGGGUGGCAUAGCUUCUAUUUUAUCAAUUUACUUCAUGGAAUCCACUGCAAGGCAAAAUUGCCCUCAAAUCGUGGGUGCACCCUGGGACUUUUUUGUUCCAAGAUCAGUAAUAUGUGAAGAGCCUUUCAAAAACUGCACAUUUCUUUAACACUCGCCUUCGCCAGCGUUGGCAUAAACCUGCCAUAUGGUCCAACUCUAAAAUAAAAUGUAAUUGCUCCUAA